UAUUUAAUCCUUUAGUAUAAUUAAAGCAUGGCUAUGGCAGAGGGUGGCUAUGAUGCAAAGUUUGUUGAAGAAGUAGCCACUGAUAUAAAAUGUGUUGUGUGCCAUUUUCCUCUCAGGAAACCUGUGCAAGUUAUACAAUGCGGGCACAGAUUUUGUGAGGACUGUUUUGAACAAAUGAAGAAUUAUUCCAUAACUCGAAAUACAGAUCUUUGCUGUCCCUUAGAUCGAAUGGUUAUAAACUCGAACCAAGUGUUUCCUGACAAAGGACUAGAGAGAACAAUCCUCAGUUUAAAAGUGCGAUGCUCUAAUGUAGCAAAGGGUUGUAUCUGGGUGAAUGAUUUGAGAGAUUUGCAGCCACAUUUAGAUGCAGAUUGCGACUACACCAUAGUAACAUGUCAGAAUGAAGGUUGCAACAAGCAAAUUCAACGUAACAUGUUGCAACAACAUGUUGUUCAGUAUUGUGGUCAGAAAGAUGGUGAUUGCAAUGGCAAGAAAAUCAAAGAAUUAAUUGCUGGACUUAGUUCCAGAUUACUGGAGUGUGAAAUGAAAAUCAGAGAAAGAGAUGGGAUGUUAAUGAUGACUGAAAUAAGACUAAUCAAUUGCGAGAAAGACCUGAAGGUCACAAAACACAAGUUAGAAAAAAAUGAGAAAAACUUGUUGGUGACAGAACAUGCACUAAGCAGUUGUGAGAAGGAAUUAAAGACUACGAAAGACAGGUUAAGAGAUUGUGAAGAAAAAUCAUUGAAAAAAGAUGCGAUUAUUGAGCGUUUAUCAUGUGUGAAUUCUAUGGGGUUUUUUCAAUGGACAAUAAAUAAUUACAACAGCGUUAAAUGGAGUGAAGAAUUGAACAGUCCCUACUUCUAUUCAUCAUAUAAUGGCUACAAAUGUCAACUAAGUGCUGAAUGGUAUGGGCCUAAAAGAGGUCAAAUGGGCUUGUUUUUUCACCUUUGCCAGGGCGAGAACGAUGAUGAAUUAGUAUGGCCAUUCCCAAUGAAAGUACGAUUGCAAUCUACUGACAUCAAUGGUAGUAUAAGAAGUGUGACUGUUUCGUUUUUGACACAUAAUUUACCUGACAGUUGGGAAAGACCUGAAGGUACGAGAACAAGGGGAAUCGGAUCAGAAGAAUUUUUACACAUGCCGCAGUUGACAAAAUAUACUCAAAAUGACAAAAUGGUGAUUUAUUGUUUUUUCGAUCUUUGACACACAAACGCUUCUUCUUUAGUCUCUCUCACAGCUGUUAUGUGAUUUCGCUCUUCAUUCUUUCCUAAUUUUAUCACUAUAAAGUGUUUUUUAGUUUUCUGGAGAAUUACGAAAGGCAGAGAAAUAAAAUUAGUUUUGAUACCUUACCUAUGGUUUACCACUUCUGCUUAAAUAAAUCCAGCCAAUUAUUUUGCUUGAUCGUUGUUCCUUUUCUAUAUUUUCUAUAUAUCCUGUUUAUACUUGUCUAUAA